AUGGCACGAAAAAAGGAAUAUAAUAGGACAAGUAGUGAUUCAAUUAAAACUACGGUUGGCAGUAAUACGAAAGGCAUUCCAAGAGGCAGUAAUUCACGUAGUACUCAGGACCUUAGACGGUUAAAUAUUGCGCAAAGAAAAGAGUCUGCGUAUCCAGGAACGAGUACACGAAAUGUGUACGAUGUUGCUGACUUGCGUGCACAGCUUGGUUCUUUUGGAUUAACUGUUCGAGAUAUUCCAGGUGAUGGAAAUUGCCUUUUCAGAGCUUUGGGCGAUCAGUUAGAUGGCCAUAUAGGGAAUCAUUUGAAGCAUCGGCUGGAUACGGUUCGGUAUAUGGUAAAUCAUCGCGAUCAUUUCGAACCAUUUAUCGAUGUCCCUUUUGAUCUGAAUGAUUUGAGUCGUCCAGGCACCUACGCGGGUCAAGAUGCACUUGUAGCUUUUGCUCGGUUGCAUGAAGUGAACAUUAUUAUCCAUCAGUUAAAUAGACCACUCUGGAAAAUUGAAGGUACUGAGAAUAUCAAUGCUCCUGAACUUCAUCUCUCUUACCACAAUGGUGAGCAUUAUUCGAGCGUUCGGCGUUUUGGUGAUAUUGCAAAUACCCCUGCCAGAAUACGCAUUAUGGCUCCAGCUGCCGUUUCUUGCUGCGCUUCUUGUAAUGUUCAUACAUCUACGGAACCGUGCACUUCAAAUGCAGAUUGCGUUAAUUUACAAUACUCUGCAUCACAUAAACAUAAACACGAUAAGAACGUUUCUAAUGCAAAAGCUGAUGGGACUUGUUUGCGUGAGAAGCAUGAAUUCACGAAUUUGGUUCAUCAAGUGAUGAAACGAACUGGUUGUCGUGAUGCUAGUUUGGCAACAGAAGCUUUGAUUGAAAAUUCAAAGGAUUUAGAUCAAACCGUUGACUAUCUUCUCUCAGUUGCAUUGUUCGUUAGCCCAGAAAAUGAAAACUAUUCGAAGACUUUCAAUAAGAAUGUUGAAGUGACAGGCAAGGCUUAUAUUACUGAGUUAGAUCCCUCCUAA